CAGAAUUCGGCUUGAGACGAUGAUUCAAAAAUGUCUGACACUUAUCUUAUUUCCUGUCAUUAAUCGUAAGGAUAGGAAAUAUUUUUCGUGAUAUGUAGAGAAAAAACAAACGUUCAUAAAAGAAUUUAAUAAGUACUUGUUUAAAAUCUUCCAAGAUGCCUGUAAGUAACGAUAUAUUAAAAUACAUUUUAUUCCAAGACUACAGAAGUCAAGCGAUAAAAUGGGUGUCACCCGUGUCAUUACGAUAAACAAAACUAUACUUGACAUUACUUACCUAAUUUUUCUUUUUCUAAGCUAUUAGUAAACAAAUUAAUAAAGUAUUGCGAUAUUACAUAAUCGCUAUAUUAAUACCAAUGGAAUGGGAAAUCAAUUCAAUCGCCUAUCACUCUAGUUUCACAGAAAGUAAUGCAACCAUCGGCAACAUGGCCCUUCUACCAAUUAAAACCGAAUUUAGAGGUCCUGCGCCGCCUUUAAAUAAUAAGGAUAUAGAUAUAAUUGAUGAAGCGUUGAAUUUCUUCAAAGCUAACGUAUUUUUUAGGACAUAUGAAAUUAAGAGCGAAGCUGAUAGAGUUUUAAUUUAUAUUACAUUGUAUAUUACUGAAUGCUUGAAAAGGUUACAAAAAUGUGCUAAUCAGAAUCAAGCGACAAGUGAAAUGUUUUCCCUUGCAAUUUCUAAAUUCGAUAUACCUGGUGACCCUGGUUUUCCAUUAAAUUCUGUCUAUGCUAAACCCAAUACUCCUGCAGAAGCUGAUUUAAUGAGACAAUAUCUACAACAAAUUAGACAAGAAACUGCAUCGAGAUUGGUAGAGAAAGUGUACGGAAAGGAUGGAAAACCUAGCAAAUGGUGGCUUUGCUUUGCAAAGAAGAAGUUUAUGGAUAAGUCGUUAUCUGGUCCCGGGCAAUAAAAUUAUCUUAAGAUUAUUGUUUUUAAAUGUAUGUGAAUAAAAAAGCAAAAAUUCAUUACAAAA